CAUUGAUUGGUAGUGUGUGUGUGUGUGUUUGACCACCAUGGAUGACGCUACGCUCCGUGUGUGUGUGUGUGUCCUUGACAGGCAGGAUAUAAACGAGCCGCUCCAAGCUUCAGAGGACAAGAGCGACCAAGAAGAAGAAGAAGAAGAAGUCUUCACCUCCCAGAAUCCACCAGCAAUAAUAAUAAUAAGAAGAAACAUCAAACUGGAUCAUGUGUCCUGCGUGGCUAUUGGUGGCCGUGGUGGUUGUGGGCGGAGCCAGAGGAGCGGCCAGCCAAUGCUGGGAGAGUCUGAGCUGCCAGGAGCUGAACAGCGAGAGCAGCAUGAUGGACUGUAUCCACGCCUGUCGCUCCGACCUGACGGCCGAGACGCCCCUGGUCCCAGGCGACGCCCACCUGUCGCCGCCCCCUGAUCCCACCGCCCCGCAGGCCAAACGCUCCUACUCCAUGGAGCAUUUCCGCUGGGGGAAGCCGGUCGGCCGCAAACGCCGCCCAGUCAAGGUUUACACGUCCAACGGCGUGCAGGAGGAGUCGGCCGAGGCGUUCCCCGCCGAGAUGAGGAGGCGCAGCGAAGAAGAGGAGGAGGAGGAGGAGGAGCAGCUGCUGCAGGAGAAGAAGGACGGAUCCUACAAGAUGAAGCACUUCCGCUGGAGCGGGCCGCCGGCGGGGAAACGCUACGGAGGAUUCAUGAAGAGCUGGGAGGAAGGGCGGCAGAAACCGCUGGUCACACUGCUGAAGAACAUCAUCAACAAGGAGGAGCAGAUGUAGCCAAUCAGACGCUGCGACACGCCGGGGGUGAGCCAAUCAGACGCUGCGAGGGAUUUCAUAUUCAUGCCUCCGUGUAAAUAACUGUAUUUAUUAUAUGGGUUAUUUGCAAGCAAAA